AUGGUUGGCGUGAAGAAGAGACCAGUCCGAAAAUUCAACCUGGAAAUUAACCUGAAUAAUGACAUAGAGGACAAGGUACGGUCAUACAUCAUAUCGGAUAGGAACAAAAUGAAGGAAAAACAUAAAAAAAGAAGAAAAAAAAUAAGAAGACGAAUCAAAAUGGAAUGUAAAAUAUCAUCCUUUGUUUUCCCCAGUUCAAAGAAGGAGAAAAAACUGAGAUUAAGUUACAUUAAUAAGAUAAAGCAUUUCCAAGCAAUGGUGAACACAAGUCAGAGAGAAAUCAAGGAAAGCAGGGUUCAGCUUCAGCUGCAAAAAGAGGAAGAAAAAUUGUAG